AUGGCAGACGAUACUAGAAAUUCCAAUUCUACUCUACGGGGUCCACCUCCUGGAGCAACCUCACCGCCCGAUCACGUCAAAACUCCUAACAAAGUAUAUGAAGUAUUCCACACGCCACCUGGAAAUGCAAAUGCCUUACCAGACGGCUCGGGGCAGAAUACUGCAGGUGCACAUAAAGAGACACCUACUUUAGGAGCAGCAGUCAAGACUGUACGAUGGCAAGAUUUCUCACAAGUUCAUAUGUAUCCAUGUGCUAGGGAAAGUUUUCUUACUGGAAUUGGUGGGGGCUUCGCAAUGGGUGGAAUCAGGGCUAUAUUUGGCGCGCCGAUACCUAAAGCCGCGAACUGGGCAGUUGGGACAUUUGUGUUCUCUGCUUUUGGAGCCUAUGAAUUUUGUUUGUACAGACGGCGAUUAGAACGAGCACAUAUGAAGCGUGCUGUAGAAAUUAUUGAUAGGAAGAAAGCAGAAAAGGAGGCACAGGCAGAAGAAAGGAGGAAAGAAAGGAGGAGGCUGAAGGAAGAAGCGGACAAAAAGGCUGAAGAAGCAGCUAAGAAACCAAAUUGGAAGUUUUGGUAA